CCAAGGGGCAUUGGUCACAGACAUCUCUCCAGAUCAGCCACUGAAGGGUGGAAAAAAAUAAACUCUUCUGAAUUAUUAAAGAUUAAGCCCUACUUAUCACAAUGCACUGCCUGAAAAGUCUGAGGACAGCUAACCCGGGAAUCCUGCAGCUAUUUAAAAAUGUAGGCAUCUCUGCCAGAGUUGGAGCUGACAACAUUGUUUUGUCCAGGACGCAGCAACCUGUUCCUCUUCCCUGCUGGGCUGCAGCAUCACCCCACGCCCACAGAGCCUUUCACGACCAGAAACCCCCCGAAGUGGACCAAGGAAACACCAAAAGUAGGUUCAUGUCCAGUAUGGAGGACCUGCUUUUCUACACCAUCACUGAAGGCAAAGAGACGAUCCCCCUGUCCCAGUUCAUUUCUGCUUUGAGAAAAACUGGUUUGUUAACGUCUGACCCUCGACUGCGUGACUGCGUCCGUCAGAUGCGACAAUCCUCACGUGACUCCGUCGGGCCAGUCAUGAUGGACAAGAAGCUCUUCAGAAGGUGUGUGGGCAACAACAUCAUGCUGCUGACUAAGGCUUUCAAAAAAAAGUUCAUAAUCCCGAACUUCGAAGAGUUUAUCCAGCAAAUCGACAGGAUGUAUGACAGUGCACAAGAGCAGGAGGGAGGACAAGUAGCUGAUUACAUUCCCCAGCUGGCUAAGUUCAGCCCUGAUCUCUGGGGCGUAUCUGUGUGCACAAUAGAUGGACAGAGACACUCUGUGGGUGACACCAAGGUUCCCUUUUGUCUGCAGUCGUGUGUGAAGCCUCUGGAGUACGCCAUCGCUGUGCACGAGUUCGGCAGUGAGCAUGUUCACCAGUUUGUGGGCAAAGAGCCCAGUGGAUUCAAGUUCAACAAACUGUCACUAAAUGAUGAAGAUAAACCACACAACCCCAUGGUGAACGCAGGAGCUAUCGUCAUCAGCUCUUUAAUUGAGCCUCAAUCAAACAAGGCAGAGAGGUUUGACUAUGUCAUGGAGUUCUUGAAAAGCUUGGCUGGGAAAGAGUAUGUUGGCUUUAGCAAUGCAACUUUCCAGUCAGAGAGGGAGACUGGUGAUAGGAAUUAUGCAAUUGGUUAUUACCUGAAGGAGAAAAAAUGCUUUCCUGACACUGCAGAUAUGAUCGCGGCCCUUGACUUCUACUUUCAGUUGUGCUCCAUUGAGGUGACCUGUGAGUCAGGAAGUGUCAUGGCUGCCACACUGGCCAACGGGGGUAUUUGCCCGAUUACAGGCGAGCGUGUGCUGAGUGCUGAAGCCGUUCGCAACACCCUGAGCCUCAUGCAUUCCUGCGGCAUGUACGACUUCUCCGGACAGUUUGCCUUCCACGUGGGCUUGCCUGCUAAAUCUGGUGUUUCGGGUGCUGUUUUGCUGGUUGUGCCCAAUGUCAUGGGGAUGAUGUGUUGGUCUCCACCUCUAGAUCGUCUUGGAAACAGCGUUCGGGGCAUUCAUUUCUGUCAGGAUCUGGUGUCUUACUUCAACUUCCACAAUUACGACAACCUGAGACACUUCACCAAGAAACACGACCCCCGGAGAAAAUCUGAUGAAGAUCUGAAUAAAUCAGUGGUGAACCUGAUGUUUGCAGCCUACAGUGGAGACCUCUCUGCUCUGAGGAGGUUUGCCCUUUCAGCUGUGAACAUGGAGCAGAGAGACUACGACUCUCGCACAGCGCUGCACGUUGCUUCUGCAGAAGGUCACAUGGAAGCUGUCGUCUUCCUGACUGAAGUAUGUAAAGUGAGUCCACACCUGAAAGACAGAUGGGGGAACACACCUCUAGAUGACGCCAUGCAGUUUGGCCAUGAUGUUAUUGUUUCAGUCCUGCAACAGUACCAGCGUGAGCUAGCCGACAGUGAAGCACCAUGCGACACAGAGGAGCAGAAGACCAAGCUGGAUACGCUGAAGAGCAUCGUCUAAACCAGCUGUUCUCAACCUUGGGGUCGGGACCCCAUUUGGGGUCGCGAGGUGAUUUCUGGGGGUCGCCAAAUCAUUUUGGAAGUCAGCUCUGUCUCCACUGUGUUAAAGUGUUCAUGUGUUAAUGUGUUUUAGUCUUUUUGGUCACUUAAUGUCUUUUUUUUGUUAUUUUGUGGGGGGUUUUUUGUCAUUUUGUGUCUUUUCUGGUCAAAUGUGUCUUUUUUUUUGGUCAUUUUGUGGUCAAUUUGUGUCUUUUUGGUCAUUUUGUUUCCUUUUUUAGUCAUUUUGUGUCUUUUUUUGGUAAUUUUUUCUUUUUUGGGUUAUUUUGUUUCUUUUUUUGGUCAAUUUGUGUCUUU